AUGCGUAGAUUACAAUAUGAAGUAGCAGAUAAAGUAAAUACUUUAUCCGAUACAAUUCAACGUGGUCAACAUUCUAAUGAAGUUUUGAAUACUGGUUUCUUAAUCAAAGUGAUCGAUAAUUUUGAUAUGAACAAAGAAACACUUCACGGAGAAAACAGUUUACAUAUGUUGAAUCAAAUAAUUGUUCAAACGAUAGAAAAUGAUGAAGCUUAUAUCACUGCUAAUGAAGUAAUUAAUGAUAUUAUUGAUUGUAUAAGCACUUCUACGCCACCAUCACUCGUUGUUGAAGCUAUUAAGCCACCAAAACAAUUAUUUGAAUACAAAUCAUGCUUUGACUUAUCUCUGAAAUUCAGCCUUCUCGGAUAUUGUCUCGUGAAGUGUUUUGAUUUAUUUGAUACCAAUGGGAAUUUAGUUUUAUCAAAACCUAUACACUUUCCAAUUCUAUCAGGAUUUUUUGCAACAUAUUUAAACAAUCGAAGUCGUCCGAUUCAUACAGUCAAAUACUGUUGCCCUAUCAAAGAAAAUCCAAAUGAUGUGACAACAAUUGAAGCUUCUCUUCGUGAGACAAAAACCAACAUUCUUGAAUUAAAUCAUCAACAGACUGCUGUUGUUGUCGUCGAUGAGAAGUUGUUUCAUAUUUGUACAAAAGUAUGA